UGUCGCCCAGGAUCUCCGCUAAUAGUGAAUGACGGCAGCGUACGACGGUGACCGGGCUUCGAAAACUGCCAUUUCAUUUUGAGCGCUGCGUGUCUGCUUAAGCAUUCUUGCUUUAGUUUUUUUUUUAUCUAAUAUUUAAAACAUGUUCACUAAAAUUCCCAAGACUUUAACUUUACCAGUUUGUUGAUUAUCGAGAUGAAAUAUGGCCUGUUCGAAAAAAAGAGUAUUUUCUUCUGAGAAGAUAAGAAACCACCAAAGAUUUCAAAACUCGUUCUAAUUGCACUUCUAAUGGGUUUAACAAGUCGUCCCAAACAAGCUGUACAAAAACCACCAAUUGUACAAGUAGGACCGUAUGCACAAGCAGCACCACAUGUACCAUAUGUACAAGCAGCACCACAUGUACCAUAUGUACAAGCAGCACCACAUGUACAAGCAGCACCACAUGUACCAUAUGUACAAGUAGCACCAGCACCCGUACCAGUGAUACAAGUAGCACCAGCACCCGUGUCAAUUACUCCAUCAUUUACAGGUGCAGCAUGUGGUCAUGGUGAGGCUCUAAUUCAUGGAUGUCCAGAUGUAUGUCAAGGUGCUCGCUGCGUGAAUUAUGGGUCUGCAACUUGUAGAGUUCACUCUUGCAAUGGGUGCACUGCAAGGUGGUACAACCACCAGGGACAUGAUGUCACAGCAUACUGUGUUCAAGUCGUGGGAUAAGGAUUGAUAGAAACAUAAAUGCUAACGGUGAAAACUGCUACGGAAUUAUGAUCUCAAAUUAAUUGAAGAAGCAACUAAAUGUAAACUUUGACACUCAAAGAUAAUUCACAAGAAAGCACUGAAAGUAUGAAAAGUUCAACAUUUUGAUUUAAAAAACUUGGAAAUUGAAAAAAACAACAAGCUAUCAUUUCAGUGAAAACGUUCAGUAUCUGCAACAGCCGUGGUUGUUUAUUAAUAUUGUAAUGUAAUCGAUAAAAGAUUUAGUGAGUCAUAUAUUGUAUAUUUGGACCUACUGAAGUAUGCGUACCAAGAUGACGCACAACCUGAACUCAGGUUGUGUACCGGGUCGAGGUUCAGGUUGUGCAACAUCUUGGUGCGCAUACUUCAGGAGUAUCGUACAUUUUAAUAAAUGCAUUGUUUGGUGAAGCAUUCGUUGUCACAGGAGUUGCUUUUGGGUAGUUUU